CUCAAAGUAGUUGAAAUGUCCUCAUAUGUUUUCAAUAUUGGUAGGAUUUUUUACGGUUUCCAGUUCAUGGAUUCAUGUCCGAAUUUACAAAGUGCCCAUAUUACCCUGAAAGCUGAUACCAUGCUUGUUGAUGAAACAUUUAAACACGAAUGUUUGCAAGAUUUAGUGAUACAUUUUGAGCAUGAUAGCCAAAACCGAAUUGAUCUAGAAAGAGUUCUUAUGAAAUAUCCGAAUCUCAAACAUCUUGCGUUGAGAGACGGUUACUUAAAUACUGAAUAUAUUAAACAAUUGGUUGACAUUUUACCAAAUCUGGUUAUAUUUGAUGUUCGCGGAUGUCGUAGAGGCUUUCAAAGAACUGCUAGUUAUGUCCAGAAUUAUUUUGAACGAAAUGGAAGAUCAACCAAAUUUUACUGCAAUUGGAAUCGGCGUGAAAUCAAAUCAGAUUGGCCUCAGUUGUACACUAAACGACAGAAAAUUUGCCGAGGCUUUGAUUUCAUGGAACGUUUUUUUCUUACAUAUCCCCAUCGACACAUUUUUGAUGUCUAGUGAUUAUUGAAAAUCACACACGCGUGA